AACAAAAGAAAAAUCAAACGCCGUACAUCUGCAGUAUCGUGGGGUAUUAAUUAUUAUCCACAAUUUUGGUGAUAUUGAUCUCUCUAUGUAUCUUAUUCUGAAAUCUCCAGCUUUCAAUUAUUGAAAGAAAGGCAUGGAGAUUCCCAAGCUCUGCUUCCUUCGAGCUUUUCUCUUCUUGCUCUUCCUUCUUGGGGGGUCUGCACAGAAAUCCCACUCUCGCAUAUUUGGAGAAUACAUAGGAGCAAAGUUUAAGAAUGUGAAAUUCUCUGAUGUCCCCAUCAACCCAAAUGUCCGGUUUCACUUCAUUCUCUCCUUCGCCAUUGACUAUGAUUCCUCUGCUUCUCCUUCUCCCACCAACGGCAAAUUCAACGUUUUCUGGGACUCUGGCAAUCUUAGCCCCUUUCAAGUUUCUUCCAUCAAAACCCAACACUCCAAUGUUAAGGUGCCAAUUAAGUGCUUCAUGUGAAUUCCCUUUUUUGUCUUCAAAAAUUUCAUGAAUAGAUACUAACACCUCUCGUUCUUUUAUCAAGCUUAUGAAGAACAUGUCGUCCCAAUUGAUUGUGAAUUGUGAUUCACUUUUUUUUUAAAAAAAUUAUAUCCGUGGGUUCUUAUAUUGUACAAAAUCUUGAAAAUAAUUUCCACUGUUAUGGACUGACCAUGAUUAUGUAGAUUGCUAUGGUAACUAAUGAAAGCUUUUUUAAUGACUGGGAGU